AAUUUCGAAAACGUGUGUAAACACGGAAAUGGGGCAGCUCAUCACAGCUAUUAGCUCUUUUUUUGGAUUGAAAAACGCCCGCAUGACUCUACUCGUUUUCAAACUUUGUGCAAGUGUUGCAAUUUUUGCGGGAAUGCGUCCACGCUAAUGGGCGUUUGGAACGAAAUCAGGUACAGUGCCGCUGCAGCAGUAUUGAUCAACAAUGCGACAACUCGGGGAAUUCCCGUUUUAUUCGCAACCUGUGUGCAACGAUUUUUCCUCGUUGUGCGUUUGUUUUAAGGUUUAUUUUUAAGAAAUCUGAACGAUGCUCGCGGGUCAGGAUCUUCUGGAUUACAUAGGAAAGAAUAUAAAGGUGAUUUACGAAGUUGUAACUAAUUUUGGGCCCGUAUGCAAGAGCAGGAUAACAUUAACAAAUGGAGGGAACCAAACUAUCCCUGAAGGGAAAAAUGACUGGACAAUUUACCUAUAUCACAUGUGCCAAAUCGCUAGCGAAAACAUCGAGAUAGAUACGGAUCAUGUUAUAGGGGGAUUGUUUCAGCUGUACCCAACAGAUCAUUUUGCUGGAAUAAAACCAGGUGAAAAACUACAAGUUUCUUUAAGUUCGGAUGAACCAACUGUGUCUCGUUCAUCAAUUUUUCCAAACUGGUACAUUGCAUCCGAAGGCUUAGAAUCCAGAGUAUUGGAAUCAACUGCUGAUGAAAAUUUGUCAUUUGUAGAAAGUUUUGACUCUUCAAAAAAGUGGAAGAAGGGAAAAUUAGACAAAUCAAAUCCCUUCACACCAGAAGAAAGGUAUGACAAAUAUUUUGUUAAAGAUAGAGGUGAUGCGGUUAAACUUGUUAUACCCACUCCACUUAUUUGUGAUCUUGAUAAUGACAAUAUGAUAAAUAUAUCCCAAGAAUGGGUGAUAUAUGUUGCUGAUAAUACUGAUAUAUUCAAAAAUGAAGUUAACUUACUUGCUGAACGGCUACAUUUACAAGAAUCAAAAAUAUUUAAAGAAUCACAUGUCAUAUGCCUGAAGCAAGGCGAUGUUAAAAAUGAAUAUAACAGUAACGAAGCCUAUGUGAUUGAAAUUAAAUCUGAGGGUCCAAUUAUCAAUAUUACUUCCAAGUUUCCUAGUGGUAUGUUUUACGCUGUACAAACGUUGUUUUCGUUACUGAGUAAAGCAAAUGAUGAAGAAAAUUAUUCUCUGCCAUGUGGGAUGAUGACUGAUGCACCUAGAUUCCAGUACAGAGGGAUUCACAUUGAUGUUGCCAGAAAUUUUGUAAGAAAAGAAGAAAUCCUAAAAAUGAUAAAAGUUAUGUCAAUGUACAAGAUGAACAAAUUACAUUUUCAUCUCACUGAUGAUGAAGGUUGGAGACUUGAGAUUAAGGAUUUGCCCGAAUUGACUGAAAUUGGUGCAAAAAGAGACCACGAUUUAGCAAAAACGGGGCUAGCUGUUGAACCAACAUUAGGGUCUGGUCCUAAGGGAGAUGCAUGUAGCUUUUAUACUGUUGAAGAUUAUCAGAAUAUUUUGCAAUAUGCGAAAGAACAUCAUGUUGAAGUUAUACCUGAAAUUGACAUGCCCGGACAUUCAUAUGCUGCUGUACUGUCCAUGGCAGCCAGAUACAACAAGUACAGAGAAGCUGGAAAUAUGGAAGCGGCAAAAGAAUUCAUGCUAUCAGAUCUAAGCGAUAAUGCAUCGUAUACAUCCGAUCAAAAAUAUACAAACAACACAAUCAAUCCCUGUUUAGAAGGAAGUAGAAGAUUUGUAGAGAAAAUUAUUUCAUCUUUGAAAAAGUUGCAUGAACCUAUUCAGCCCUUGAAAAUUUUCCAUGUUGGUGGCGAUGAGGUCCCAGUUGGUGCCUGGGACGGAUCAAGCAUAUGCCAAGUAUAUUACAAAGAAAAUAACCUUGAUGGAAAUGAUCCAUAUAUUGAUGAAACUGAUGAGGAUUAUGAGUCAGUCAAAAUGACAUCCGCUCUACAAGAGUAUUUUUUAAGCUAUGUGGAAGAAAUUUGUCGCAAAGAAAAUCUUCAGCUUGCUGUGUGGAAUGAUGGGAUUCGAGAUCCAACAGUACAACAGAAGUCAGACUGUCCUAAACUUGUACAUGCUUGGAGAAUCAGCAGAAAAAAUGAUAAGCAUAAUCCGAAUAUACUUGCAAAUUCUGGGUAUCAAGUUGUUAUUUCAUCUGCUACUCAUACAUAUUUUGAUCAUCCUUAUGAACCAGAUCCCGAAGAAUGUGGUCUUCAUUGGUGUGUGAGAAUGCUCGACACCAAAACUGUGUUUGGAAUGACCCCUUUAGAUAUGUAUUCCUGUCAGGAUAAAAGGUUUAAAAAAUUUGACCAUGAAAAGCUUCUUAACAGAAGUUCUGUAUUGGGAGUGCAGUCUCAAAUAUGGGGAGAACUUCUUAGAAGUGAGAACAUGUUUGAAUAUAUGCAAUUUCCAAGGUUGUUGGCACUUGCGGAACGGGCAUGGCAUGAAGCAAAGUGGGAAAAUGGUUCGAAUGAAUCAAAAGAGGAAGAUUGGGAAAGCUUUGCCAAUACAAUUGGAUACAAAGAGCUCAGAAGGCUUGAUAAACUUGACAUACAUUACAGAGUUCCACCACCCGGUAUUAAAAUUCAAAAUGACAAGUUAUUACUGGCUUCAGUCUAUCCAGGGUUAAAGUUCAAAUACCGUCUUAAUGGUGAUGUAAAUUGGACCAGUUUAACUUCACCCCAGUCAGUAGACACCUUCAAGAAAGGUGCAACAUAUGAAUUUGUCACAAUGUCAUCUGAUGGAAAAAGAUUGAGCAGACUAAUUACAAAAAAAUUUUGACUUGUUCAAAUAGGUUUAUUUCCAUUUAUGCAAAUGUGUAGUGUAUUUUUUAUUUGUUUUCUAGUAAUUAAGAAUAAAAGAUAUUAAUUUUUACUGUU